AUCAUCCUCAACUCAAUGAAACCACUCCAUGGAAAGAGUUUCUCUUCAAACAUUUCUCUUCACUAUUAUACAAUCCUAGCCUUCUGCUUUCCCUUCCUACUUCAAACAUCACAUGUAUGACUUCAUUUUUCAAUGAGAAUUACAUGUGAUUUGAAGUUGUGAACCAAAUCUACGUUGGAUUUUGUUAGACUGAAUUCCUAAAUUUCUUGAGGACAGUUUGAUGGCAAAGACCCAUUCAAAUGAUCAGAUGACUCAAAGGAACAGAUCGGGAGAAGAAGGAGAUUCAAGCAAAACAAUUUUAAUUACUGGGGUGAGCCAAGGGAUAGGACGAGCUUUGGCUUUAGAAUUAGCAAAGCGUGGCCACACAAUAAUCGGAUGCGCCCGCAGUCAAAAUAAAUUGGAUUCGCUUCAACUAGAGCUCUCUGAUGCUUCCCUACGCAACCAUUUGCUCUUUAACCUUGACGUGAGGUCAAACGACAAAGUUCGAGAGAUGGCACGGACUGUUAAGGAUAAAAUUGGUGCUCCCGAUAUCAUUGUAAAUAAUGCGGCUAUCAUGAGUGAGAAAAUGAAGAUGUGGGAGAUUGCUGCAGAAAUGUUUCAUGAUGUCAUUGACAUAAAUAUAAAAGGGACAGUAAAUAUUUUGCGUCACUUCAUUCCUCUGUUGAUUCCUAAGAGCCAAGGAAUUAUUGUUAAUAUAUCUUCUCUCUUUGGAAAAAUGGGAGGUGUUCAGGCUUCAGCAUAUUGUAGCUCAAAAUGGGCAAUAGAAGGUUUAAGCAAAUCAGUUGCAAAAGAGCUGCCAAAUGGAAUGACAAUUGUGGCAUUAGAUCCCGGCAUUAUAAAUACUGAGAGGAGUGUUUCCUAUCUUGGCAGUAUAGCUUCUCAAUACCAAUCUCCACAAGAAUGGGCUUUGAAGGCAGCUCCCAUGAUUUUGAACCUUACAAGUGUUGAUAAUGGUGCAUCUCUCCACGUGGAUGAUCCUGGUGAAUUACCUAAUGAUGACUUCAUAUGUUUUGGGGAAAAAAACUCAAAUGCGUCAAUCGAAUGAAUGGGUGUCCAGGCACCAAAUUCAUAUCUCCAAAAGUUAAACCAGCAUCUAAACACUGUGUGACACAAUCUUAUUAGAAGAGAGUUAGUUGUGGUCCACACCAUAUGAGCAAGCAAAGUUUACGUGUAUUGUGCAACUAAGCAAACAAAGGGAUGAGAGAGAACUGCCUCUUAUGUUACCAAGAAGAAUGGUGCAUCACCAGCUAACACAUGAAGAAGAGGAAGCAUGCAAGAAAGUUGAACUUACGCGUGCCUCUUCAUUUUGAAGCAAAAAGUGCAUUAGUGUGGGAAAUAACAAUCAUAGUGAUAGUUGUAAUGACCCCAAUUUUAUAUAUGUAUUUAAUAAUAUCAAUUAAGAUAAUUACUCAAUAAA